CUUGUUACAGCUGCCACAGCGCUCUGUUACAGUUAAAACAAAAUCAUGGACUCUGAGUACUUCACAUCUUAUGAAAUGUGUUGGGGCACCCUUGGAACGGUGCGUCCCUUCUCCAAUUUCCAUCCUGACCGUGAUGCCAUGGAGAUCCAGGCAGCGCUGGAGAAGAAAGAUGCGGUGACUCUGGUGAGAAUCCUAACCAAUCGGUCCAACGCUCAGAGACAAGUGAUCGCAAAUACCUUUGAAGAAAUAACACAAAAGGACCUGGCAGUAUGUUUGAAGAAAGCUUUGUCUGGAGAUCUGGAGAAUCUGAUGCUGCAGCUGCUGAUGCCUCCUCUGCAGCAUGAGGCUUAUCGCCUGCAGCAGGCCAUGGUGGGUUUAGGCUCAGAUGAGGAUACACUCAUGGAGAUCCUGUGUACGCGAUCUGGAAAGCAGCUUCAAGAAAUCAGUGCUUUAUACAAACAAAUAUAUAAGAAGGACCUGGAGAAUGAGCUGAGAGGAGAAACCAGCGGAGACUUUGCUAAGCUUGUUGUGGCUUUGUUGAAUAAAGAAGCUGUUGCCAGUGCGGUUCGAAGAGACAUCGAGGCUCUCGCUGCAUCACUGUUUGGCAAAAAAGCUGACGCAGGACCAUGGAUUAGCAUACUGACCUCCAGAGAUUCAAACCAUCUCAAUAAAGUGCUGAUGGAACUGGAGCUUGAGAGCGGACAGAUGGUGGAUCAGGCUCUGGAGAAAAGGUUUUCAGGAGAUACUCGACUGGGUUUGAGAGCUUUAGUGCAGUGCAUUGAAGACCCCUACACCUACCUCGCCAAAAGAAUAGUUGACACAAAGACAUCAAUAAUGCAGGGGAUCUUGGUGUCUCACUCUGAGGAAGAUCUGCUGUGUAUCCGAGCUGCCUACCUCAAAUUAACAGGCACUUCUCUCUACACGGCUCUACAG